AUGGAGCAACAAGCGAACCGGGCGCAUCGGGUGACGAAAGAAAAGAAGAGAUAUGAAGGUAACAACCCGAGAGCGUUUGCAUUCUCGAAUCCGGGAAAAGGAAAUAAAGCGGGUGCCAGGUCCCACGAUAUUAAAGAGAAACGGCUGCAUGUUCCGUUAGUCGACCGUCUACCUGAAGAGGCUCCGCCGCUCGUUGUCACCGUCGUUGGACCCCCUGGUGUCGGGAAAACCACGCUCAUCAAAUCCUUGAUCCGUCGGUAUACCAAGCAGACUCUCAGCACACCCAACGGACCGUUGACCGUGGUCACGUCCAAGCGUCGACGUCUUACUUUCUUAGAAUGUCCAUCCGACUCUCUUGCAAGCGCCAUCGAUGUGGCUAAAAUCGCCGAUAUUGUGCUAUUGAUGAUUGACGGUAAUUACGGCUUCGAGAUGGAGACAAUGGAGUUCCUCAACGUUCUGGCUUCAAGUGGUAUGCCUGGAAAUGUGUUUGGUAUCCUCACGCAUCUAGAUCUCUUCAAGAAGCAGAGCACACUACGAGACGCAAAGAAGCGGUUGAAGCAUCGGUUCUGGAGCGAAUUAUACAACGGAGCGAAGCUAUUCUAUCUUUCAGGAGUCAUCAAUGGUCGCUACCCGGACCGUGAAGUGCAGAACCUCUCUCGGUUUCUUGCCGUGAUGAAGAAUCCGCGACCACUCGUAUGGCGUAACUCUCAUCCUUACGCACUCGCAGACCGAUUCCUCGACAUCACACCUCCGACGGAGAUCGAAGAGGACCCGAAAUGCGACCGGACUGUGGCACUAUAUGGCUACUUACGAGGCACAAACUUCCCGGCACAAGGAGCACGCGUGCACGUACCCGGGGUCGGUGAUCUGACGGUAUCUGGAAUCGAGGCUCUUCCCGAUCCCUGCCCCACGCCGUAUAUGGACCAGCAGAUAGCGAAGACGACCGGAAAGUCGAGUAGGCGCAGAUUGGGCGAGAAGCAGAAGUUGCUCUUUGCGCCCAUGUCAGAUGUUGGUGGAGUUUUGGUCGACAAAGAUGCCGUCUAUAUUGACGUGAAAACGUCUAAUUUCAACAGGGAAGAGGAUGAUGAUGAAGGCCAGGACCGUGGACUGGGCGAGCAGUUAGUUAUCGGUUUGCAGGGUGAGCGGAAACUCCUCGGUGAGGCCGAUAGCGGUGUCCGCCUGUUCAGCGGAGGAGAGGCCAUCAAACAGGCAGAUGACGAAGAUGGCGCUACCGGAAGAAAACACAAGCGACACGUACGGAUUGCCGGUGAUGAUCAAGGCCAGAACGUCUCGGAUGAAGAUGAAGGGCUUGAAAGUGGAGCGGAAGAUGAAGACGAUGAGAUAGAUGAGGACGACAUGGAAGAUGCCAGUGACGAUGACGCGGAAGAAGUGGAUGUUUCCGCGCCCGCAGAUUUCGAAGCCAGCUUCAAGGAACGACAAAACGGUGUCAUUUCGCGAAAUGAGUCAGACAUCGCAUUUGCCGACAGUGAUUCCGAUCUUGGAUCUAUAUCCUCUGUGGAGGAUCAAAUCCUCGAUAGCGACAUAGAUGAAGAAGAUUCAGACGAGGAAGAUGACGGAAAUGCUCGCUGGAAGAGCAACAUGCUUGCCAAUGCCAAAGCAUCCCAUGCCAAACGUCCGAAUUUCCGUGUCACAGAUCUCUCUCGCAUGAUGUACGACGAGUCAAUGACGCCAGCUGACGUUAUUCGGCGCUGGCGCGGGGAAGAGGAAGAAGAAGAGGAUAUCGAAGCCGACGAGGACGAAGAUACCUUCUUCAAAAAGACGAACGUCGAACAGGAGGAGCAGGCCGAAUACCGUGCUAUUCCGGAGUUCGAUUACGAAAAGUUGGAGCAAAAGUGGCAGGACGAGGAAAUGAUUGAAUCAUUGCGAAGCCGCUUCGCGAGCUCUAGGAUGUCUGGCGGCGGUGAAGAUGACGACGAGGACGUUGAUGAUGCCUUUGACGAGGAUGACGAAGGAGACGGCGCCUUUGAAGAUCUCGAAACGGGAGAGGUGUUCAAUGGAAUUGAAGAGGACGAAGAAGGUGAGAAUAACGAUGGUGAAAAGGAGAAUGAUGGCACCGAGGAUCUGGAAGCUGAGCGUGCGCGGAACGCCAAGAAGAAGGAAGACUUGAGGCUCAGAUUCGAAGAGGAAGAUCGAGAGGGAUUCGCGAAUUCGAAAGACAACUCGCGACAAGACGGUGCCGAGCCCGACGAAGAAUUUGGCGAGGACGAAUGGUACGACGCGCAGAAGGCCAAGAUGCAAAAGCAGGCCGAUAUCAACCGCGCCGAGUUCGAGACUCUAGAUCCCGCUUCCAGAGCUCGUGCGGAGGGCUUCAAAGCAGGAACGUACGCCCGUAUCGUGCUUGAGAAAGUACCAUGCGAAUUCGCUACCAAAUUCAACCCUCGAUACCCCGUCAUUGUUGGAGGCUUAGCACCAACGGAGGACCGCUUCGGGUAUGUCCAGAUCCGAAUCAAGAGACAUCGCUGGCACAAGAAGAUUUUGAAGAGCAAUGACCCCCUGAUCUUCUCUCUGGGCUGGCGCCGCUUCCAGUCCCUCCCCAUCUAUAGCACAUCAGACAGCCGAACGCGCAACCGCAUGCUCAAAUACUCUCCCGAGCAUAUGCAUUGUUUCGGUACAUUCUACGGGCCACUCGUCGCCCCCAAUACUGGUUUCUGCUGCGUCCAGUCUUUCUCCAAUAAGAACCCUGGUUUCCGAAUUGCCGCCACGGGUGUCGUGUUGAGCGUGGACGAACACACGGAGAUUGUGAAGAAGCUCAAGCUCACCGGUGUGCCAUAUAAGAUCUUCAAGAACACAGCUUUUAUCAAAGAUAUGUUCAACUCCUCCCUGGAAAUCGCAAAGUUCGAAGGCGCAUCCAUCCGAACCGUUUCCGGCAUCAGAGGUCAAAUCAAGCGUGCCCUGAGCAAACCCGAGGGCUACUUCCGAGCCACAUUCGAAGACAAGAUUCUCAUGAGUGACAUCGUCUUCCUACGUGCCUGGUACCCGAUCAAGCCCCACCGCUUCUAUAACCCCGUCACCAACCUCCUGGAUCUGGGCGAGGGCGACGCCGAAGGCGAUUCCGGAUGGCAGGGUAUGCGCCUGACAGGCGAAGUCCGCCGCGAAAAGGGCAUCCCCACACCUCUGACCAAGGACUCCGCAUAUCGCAAGAUCGAGCGACCCGAGCGCCACUUCAACCCGCUCCGCGUCCCUCGACAGCUGGCCACCGAACUCCCCUUCAAAUCGCAGAUCGUGAAGAUGAAGACACAGAAGAAGAAGACCUAUCUCCAGAAGCGCGCCGUUGUCCUAGGCGGCGAGGAGAAGAAGGCCAGAGACUUGAUGCAGAAGCUCAACACGCUGCGCAACGAGAAGCAAGCCAAGCGUGCUGUGAAGCAGGAAGAGCGCAGGAAGGUCUACCGUGCCAAGGUCGCGGAGGGCCUUGAGAAAAAGGCUGAGCGGGAGAAGAGAGAGCGUGAUGAGUACUGGCGGAGAGAAGGCAAGAAGCGCAAGAACGACGACGGCGAAGGCGGUGGUGGUGGAAAGAAACGCAGGUAA